AAGGUCUUCCUUAGCCACACACACACAAAAAAAAAAACAUUUACAGAAAGAUACCCUAGUGGCUAGAGAAGAUGGUUAGGGCACCAUGCUUUGACAAAUACGGAAUCAAGAAAGGCGCAUGGUGUGAAGAUGAAGACAACAAACUAAGAGCUUAUAUCCAGAGAUACGGUCAUCCUAACUGGCGAGAGCUUCCUAAGCUUGCUGGGUUGUCUAGAUGCGGAAAGAGUUGUAGGCUACGAUGGAUGAAUUAUUUGCGCCCAAAUGUCAAACAUGGGAAUUUUACUAAAGAAGAAGAAGAUGUGAUUAUUGGUGUUCAUAACAAGCUUGGCAAUAAAUGGUCAAAGAUGGCUGCACUAUUGCCGGGAAGAAGUGAUAAUGAAAUAAAGAAUCACUGGCACACACAUUUAAGGAACCGAGUUACAAAAGAUCAGGCUGGGUUAAAGAAUGACCCAUCUGAAAGUCUUAAACACAGUGCUGCUAACCUUAAUCGAUGUCCGCUAGUACUAAACCCCAACUUAAAGAAUCAACAGGAAGUUGAAAUCUUAGUGGCUGUAAUGUCAUCUGAUGUGACAUCAUCUUCUUCCGCAUGUGAAUCUUCACCAUGUUCACUGAGUGUCUCAGAUUAUGGAGUUCCUAGUGAUGUUACAGCACAAGUUUCAGAUACAGCCGGAAAUUUUUGGAUUGAGCCGUUUUUACCGGAUGACGGUAGCAUCAUAUCAUCAAGUGAUCACAUGUUCUCAUCAUUUGGCAUAGCUGAUGAUCUCAUCUCCCAUGCUACUUUGCAAGGCUACAUCAUCGAUGACUUGCCUUUAUGGUCAACUAAUUAAAUUUAUAUUUUUGUCGUCUACUUAGAACAAGUUUAUAAGUCAAGAUCUAUUCAUUUUCUGAACAAAAUAUAUCUUUGGGUGCUACUUUCUACACCCCCCCUAUUUACUUUUUUCACCCCCUCCUCUCACAUACUUACAGGUGGGGCCUGCGUGGGACCGACAGUUUUCCUCUCACAAAGGGGGUAUAAUCAGGAAAGAGAGGGGUGGCGUAUAGAAUGAGCCUAUAUCUUUAAGUGGACUACAGAAGUUUUCCUUUGGUCAAUUUUUGAAAGUUAUUUUGAUCCUAGGUGAUCUGUCAGCUAGUUGAUGUACUAGAUGUGAAUAGUGUUUAUAGCUGAAAAGCCAAUAAUGUUUGUCAACUCAUCACAUACUCUUAAAUAUGUACCACAUUUGCGAGUAAUUCAACUAGUAGAUCCUUCAUAAA